GCGCGCCUCGUGCGGGGCUGGGGGGCGGUCCUCGCGUUGCCCCUGGAAACCACCGGAUGCCAGAGCGACCCGGGAGCAAGACGUGAGAAUACAAGAUGGCGGAUGACCUAGACGAGCUCUUGGAUGAGGUGGAGUCCAAGUUUUGCCGACCAGACCCACUGAGACUGGGUACGGUCGAGCGGCCCAGAGGCGGCGGCGGCGGCUUCUUCGGCAACGACCAGAACCGAGCCGAGGCGAAAGAGAAUCUCAGAUUAGCAGAAACAUUUGAAAAAGAAGAUGAUCUUGACAGUCUUAUUAAUGAAAUAUUUGAAGAGCCCCACUUCGACAAAAAACACUUUAAAUUAAAAUCUAAAUCUUCAGGUAACACGUCUGUCAGAGCUUCUAUUCAAGGCCUUGGUAAAAGCUGCAGCCCAGUGUACAUUGGCGGAAGCACUGUUCCAUGUGGGAUUGGGACAAAUACUUCACAGAGAGCAUGUGACCAUCUGCGUUGUACAGCCUGUGAUUUCUGGGUAGAAAGCUACGAUGACUAUAGGUGGGACAAAUCAUGUGAUUACCUGUUUUUCAGGAACAAUAUGCCAGAAUUCCACAAAUUAAAAACAAAGCUGGUAAAGAAGAAAGGAACACGAGCAUAUGCCUGCCAGUGUAGCUGGAGAGCUGUUGAAGAACUGACUGACCUUCAGACCGACCAUCAGCUUCGCUGGGUUUGCGGCAAACACUAAGGAUCCAGCCUUCCUACAUUCAGACAGCUGCGUCCAUGAGCGCAGUCUCUCUUCAUCGUCACAGUGUUUAGGUAAAGAUACAUAGUAUCGUGCCCUUUGGAAAAGACAAAAUUUCAUUUAAUGGCUGUACAAAUUUUCAAGGACUAAAUGGACUUGGGAAGAUAAUGUGCUUUAACAUUUUGAAAUUAUUCCUUUUUGAUAUAUGAGCAUUUCACUUAGUAAGGUAACGGGUUAUCCAAAUACUUCUUUGCUAGGUUGUCUCCUGGAGUUUCAUACAGAUAUGUAGCCAUUCACUAAUAAUUGCCAUACUCCUGACUGCUAAUACACUUAGCAUGAGCAUUCCUCUUUAUAGUAGUUAAAGGGGAUAAAGCUGGCCCUGCAGAGAGGUCACUGAGGGGCGUACAUAUCACCUGCUCUGGUCAGAUCUGCUGUCAGCAAAAAUAAUAAUUUAGACACAUCAGAAUCCAUAGUCAGUGACUGAGGAAAGGGUUGUCAAGAGUGUGGGUGAAUUGUAGGUGAAAACACUGCCUGUAUCUGAUCUUACUUCACAAAUUCAAAGCAAUUCUAUGCACAAUAGUAGGUAUAUAUUACCAGUUUUAACUUAUUUCUCCUCCUUUUGUUCAUUUAGAUAUCAAAAGGUAUCUGGUUUUGUAUUUUAGCAAAUAUUCAUUUCUAUAUUAAAAAGGUUUUUUUGAUGCACCUAAAACUAGAAGGAAAAAUCCUGAUACAGAUCAUUGCUGGAUUUUCCAAGUACCUUCUUGCCUUUAAUGCCCUAAAACUCCAUUAAGUAAAGAGAACAGCAAGUAAGAUAUUUUCUUAGGCAGCCUGUUGAUUUUUCUGGUAGGAUCAGGUUGACAUGCUGUUCAUUAGAUAACUACAUGAAAAGAGAAAUAAAGCAUAGCUGAACCAGCAGGUAACCUGUUGGGCUCCUUAAUAUGACUAAGACUUGAGGAAUCCUACAAAGCAGCACAUUUGGAAAAGCGGUUACCUCAAAAUUACCAGCUUCCAGCCUCAUCAGGAGAUUCCAGUUUGCCAGAUGCUCUUCACCGCAUGUGUCUAUUAUGCAGUUCAGAUAUGUGACACAAGGCUUCCUUAAAGGGAGUAACCAAACACAGUUGUGAUCUGUUUAGUCUUAUACUGAAUCUGUUCCAGCCAUUUUACUCAAGCAAAGAAAGAUCUGGUCAUUCAAAUCCUUCUCCUAACCGUGACACUUUUGCAUAUGUAUAUAACUUGCUCUAGUAAGUCAGUCUAGUAUUCUAACAGGAUACAUCUCACUGGCAGAUGCUCACAUUUUUAUAUUAAGGAUAUGUUUACAGAUCUUAUCUUUCAAUAAAAGUGUUUUAUCACCUAAAAUUUUAUCAAAAACAUAGGAUCUGGGUUGAAUUGCCUAUUGCAAAAAAUAGAGCAGCAAGAUCCACACAUUCAGGACCUCAUGGAAUUUGGCACAUUUAGUCAUAAUGGUGAUUUUUUUUUUUUAAUGAGCAAAUUUGCUAAAUUAUGGAUUUGAAUUUUUUGCUUUUAUUAUUUCAUUAUAACUAUUCUGUAACUUAGAUAUAUUGCCCAUGUGUAGCAGUCCAUAACAUAAUAGGUAUAAUAAUUAAUUCCCCAGUGUCGGAAAUGUGUAAAUGAGUUCAUAUUUUUGUUGGUAAUUUACCUUAUAAGCUUUUUAAUAUUGUAUAAUUUUUAAUCUAAAAUGUAGAAAGUAUAUGUUUAUAUACAAAUGAGUAGACUAGUACCAGUUGUAACUUAUUAGCCAAAACGCAGCUACUUUACUGUCAAUGUAGAAGAAGAGUGUAGCUUGUAAUCAAUUAUAAUUUUUAAAUGCAAAGUCUAUAAAGCUUUCAAGAUGUUUUUCCCAUUUGUUUUCAAUAUUUAUAAUAAUUUUCUACUACCUUCAAGUAUCUUAUUUUUUUUAAUUAAAGUUUUAUUGAAACACAGUAUGUAACAAACCCACUUGUUUAUCUAGUUGUAGAGCCCUAGUGCUGGCUCGGUAGUUGUGGUGCACAGGCUUAGUUGCUUGGCAACAUGGGGGCUCUUAGUUUCUGGAUCAGGGAUCAAGCCUGAGUCUCCUGCAUUGCAUGAAUUCUUAACUGCUGGACCACCAAGAAGGUACCAGCAAGUGUCUGUUUUUUAAUCAAGCCAGGUAGCUACUUUGUUUGAACUCUGUUGUACUCUCAUACCUUUAUCUUACCCAAAAGUAAAUAAAUAAUAAAUAGCUUUACUCUGUAUUUAGGUGUAUUUUUUUUGUUUUAUAAUAAAAUAUUCAUAUGGGGAUUAAUGUGAUAUAAUUUUGAUAAUUUCCUUUAAAAUGUCAACAAAGUUUUGAGCCAUCCCGUUGAACAGAGAAUGUAUUUAUUUGCAUUGAGGAAGAGAAGCAUGCCAUGAGUUUCAGUGCCUGUGUAAGCAUGUAUGUGUACGUGCACAUGUAAGAAAGUGUGGCAGCUAAAGGAGCAGGUCUGCGUGUAGGAAGGAGCCUGUUGAUACAGUGGUUGGUGUCCAUCCAGACCCGUAUGAUGAUGUCCGUACACUUAACACCUUUCUUUUCUUGGGCCAAAGAAAUGCAUCAAACUGUGAUUUUUAAUGGUUUUCCCUCCUUUUCUUACUCACCUGAUAUUUUUAAAUGCAGGAGGGAAGGGUCUUAUAUCUAAUAAGUAUUGUAAUGAAGCUUAAUAGUAACUCAAAUGCUGAUUUUUUUUCCAGAUGUUAGGUUUUUAACGAAAUCUCUAUUAGCCACCAUACUAGCUUUAUGUAUUGUUUAAGGUAAUUCUGAAAGGAACGAAAAAUUUCAAAAUAUACAGUCUCUUUUCAGGUUUUACAUUAUAUCACAUUUAUUUGGGUUUGUGACACCAAAUGUACCCUAUUUCAAAGUAUGGCUUGGAAUAUAUACGUAUGGUUGAUAAUUAAAUUUGUUUUCAGACUUUCCCCAAAAUGAGUGACAACAUGAAGUGUUACAAAAUCAGAGUUGGAAGUCAUGUCCCUUUGAAAGCUACUUAACCUUGGGGCUUCUUUUGCCUCAUCUUUGUGCAUGAUGGUAUCCCUUUUGUAAGCUUGUUGAGAAGAUUAAAUUAUAUACUAUGUGAAAAUGAUAUGACAUAGUAUGGCGUUUAGUUCAGAAUAAGUGCUUAAUAAAUGCUCUCACUCUUCUUCCUUC